AUGCCUGAUAAAACCGAAGUGACUUGUGGUGAUCGUUUAAGAGAUUUAGGACGUUUCAUUUAUAAUCAUGAACGACGUGAAUUCGUUGGACGAGAUGGGGGACGAUGGGCUGGUUUCUUUUGCGCCAUGUUAGCUGUAUUUAUGGCAGUGACACCAAGAGAUCGACCAAGAUAUAGUACAAAAGCAUCAAGAAUGCAAACAAGAUCUAAUCCGUUAUCACCAGGACUUGGUUUUCGUCCGCAACCACAUUCAGACAAUUAUUUAAUUGGUUUCGAUGUAGACAAUAAGGAAAAAAAUACUAAAUGGAAUUCAGAAUUGUAUACGGAUAGUUUAACACAAUAUUUAAAGUUUAAUCAUCCGAAGAAUAAAACAAAUGACGGAUAUUAUGAUGGUACGGUUGGUAGUAAGCCAUUUAAUAUUCAAUCACCAGGUGAUUGUACGGUAGCAAACAAGUUUGGCUAUGGUGAUGGUAAACCAUGUGUGCUCGUUAAAAUGAAUAAAAUCGUCAAUUGGUAUCCAAUAGGUGGACGAACAUCUGACGAUCAUAAAGAGGGUAAAAAUCCCUGUACGGAUGACAGUACCGAUGCUAUACAAAUACAUUGUCAUGGAGAGUAUGCUGCUGAUCAAGAUAAUAUUGGAGAAUUGCUUUAUCAUAGUGAGACAGAAGAUAGCAGCGCCUGUGGAACAAUUCGAACGGAUACUGGACGAUUUCCAUAUCGUGGUAAAGUGGAUCGUCGGGAUGUUUAUUAUCAACCUUACAUAUGGGUUCAAUUUUUAAAGCCAAAAGCAAAUGUAUUAAUCAAUGUUCUAUGUCGUGCAUAUGGUGCGAAUAUUCAUUAUGAGAAAAAACAACUUCGUGGUUUAACACGUUUUCAAAUCUAUCAUAAAAAAACGACUGGAAACAACUAA